UACAGAACAAGGUAUAUCACCUGUACACAACAAGGUAUACUGCCAGCACAAAACAAGGUACAUUACCAGCACGCCACACACCCAGCACAGAACAAGGUAUAUAACCAGCACAUCACACAUCCAGUACAGAACAAGGUAUAUAACCAGCACACCACAUCCAGUACAGAACAAGGUAUAUCACCAGUACACAACAAGGUAUACUGCCAGCACAGAACAAGGUAUAUUACCAGCAUGCCACACACCCAGCGCAGAACAAGGUAUAUAACCAGCACACCACACAUCCAGUACAGAACAAGGUAUAUAAGCAGCACACCACAUCCAGUACAGAACAAGGUAUAUCACAACAAGGUAUACUGCCAGCACAAAACAAGGUAUAUUACCAGCACGCCACACACCCAGCGCAGAACAAGGUAUAUAACCGGCACACCACACAUGCAGUACAGAACAAGGUAUAUUGCCAGCACCCCACACAUCCAGUACAGAACAAGGUAUAUCAUCAGUACACCACACCACACAUCCAGUACAGAACAUGGUAUAUCAUCAGUAUACAACAAGGUAUAUUGCCAGCACAGAACAAGGUAUAUUACCAGCACACCACAUCCAGCACAGAACAAGGUAUAUAACCAGCACACCACAUAUCCAGCACAGAGCAAGGUAUAUAACCAGCACACCACACCUAACACAGAACAAG